GAUGACUCUUGCUUCUCUUGGUUUUGCUCCUUCCACUGCUGACCCUUCUCUGUUUCUACGCACGGACAACACUCUGCCGUCGUUCUACGUUCUCGUGUACGUAGACGACCUCGUCUUUGCUACUGCUAACACUGAGGCACUCGCCCACGUGAAGUCCGAGCUGCAGAAGAGACACACGUGCACAGACCUGGGUGAGCUGACAAGCUAUCUUGGCUUGCGGAUCACCCGGGACAGAGCAUUGCGCACCAUUACCUUGACUCAGUCACACAUGGUGCAGCAGGUCCUUCAGCGCUUCGGCUUCACGUACUCCUCGCCACAGUCCACUCCUCUGCCUACCGGACACUCGCUCUCAGCUCCACCUUCGGACGAGUCCGUAGAGCCGAGUGGCCCGUAUCCAGAGCUUGUGGGCUGCCUCAUGUACCUGAUGACUUGCACACGACCUGACCUCGCAUACCCUCUCAGCCUUCUGGCUCGCUACGUGGCUCCCGGCAGGCACCGAAAGGUGCACAAGGAUGCUGCGAAGAGGGUGUUGCGCUACUUGUGCAGUACAUCGGGCAUGGGGCUCGUGCUUGGAGGACGAGCUCGAGUUGUCCUCACUGGUCACGCAGACGCUUCCUGGGUUGACGACUUGGCUACGCAGCGGUCGUCACAGGGUUACACCUUCAGUCUUGGCUCCGGUUCUGUCUCUUGGCGGUCUACCCGCUCUUCUUCUGUUCUCAGCUCGAGUUGUGAGGCUGAGAUCUACGCUGGGGCCAUGGCUGCACAGGAGCUACGCUGGCUCACCUACCUGCUGACCGACUUGGGAGAGGCGCCUCGUUCUGCUCCAGUUCUGUACGUCGACAACAAGGCCAUGCUGGCCUUGUGUCAGGAGCACAGAUUGGAGCACAGAACGAAGCACAUUGCUCUGCGCUACUUCCUUGCUCGAGAGUUGCAGCAGCGUGGCCAGCUUCGUCUUGCUUACGUGUCCUCUCAGGCCAACACUGCUGAUGUUUUCACCAAGUCACUUCAGCCUUGUGAUCAUCAGCGUUUCUGUACUGUAUUAGGCCUUGUACCUACUGUGCCUCACUUGCUGACUUCUUGA